AUGGUAGCUAAGUCAAGGAUAGAUUGGAGCAUGAAGCUAGAUGACACACUUUGGGCUUAUAGGACCGCAUUCAAAACACCAAUUGGCACCUCUCCUUAUAGGCUAGUGUACGAUAAAGCAUGUCAUCUUCCCGUGGAAUUGGAGUACAAAGCUUUUUGGGCAAUCAAGGAGCUUAACAUGGAUCCUAAGGUCGCGAGAGAGAAAAGACUUCUCCAACUUAAUGAGUUAGAUGAGUUUAGAUUGUCCGCUUAUGACAGUGCGCGAAUUAUCGAAGGAGAAGACCAAGAUGUGUUAAGGUCUAGGUGGUCGGGUCCCUUUACUGUCACUAAGGAGAAUAAAUUUGGUUUGGUUGAGCUUUUGAAUGAUAAAGGUGAAGAAUUCAAGGUCAAUGGUCAACAAUUGAAGGUGUACCAUGAAGGAGCUACCGUUAUAAACGGAGGGUUAGGUGGGAAUGUGGAUCCUAACUAUUUUGCAGGUGGUUUGGGUCAUGGAGGUGCCGGUUCUAGCCAUGGAGGUGGUGGUGGCUAUGCUAGGAUGGAUGAUGAUGAUGAUGAGUAG